CAGAAUCGUCGUAUUUCGUUCGCUUCACAUCGCAACGACCGUCCAUCGAGGAUGAACCGAAACAGUGCGCUACUCGUUUCCCUCUUCUUGUUCGUGGCCUUGUCCAUGGUCUAUGCGGAACUCGUGCCGUGGCGGCAAUGUCCUUAUCCUGAUCAAACAUCACUGACGAGAACUUGGAGCUUGGACUCGAUUUCUCACAUUCUACCCGAUACUCAGUCGAAUUGCACUAUUCACGAAGUAUACAUAGAUCCUUGUAAAGAAAGUGCGGAAGGAAAACCAUGUAAAUUAAAAAGAGGAGUUGUUGGGAAUAUGACGUUCCACUAUACACCUUCUUUCUCGUCGGAAAAAAUACAAGGUCGAAUUUUUUGGGCAAGCCAGGUAAUGGAUAUCCCAUUUUUGGGAAUGAGUCCCGAUGCCUGUUUAGCGACUUCUUGUCCGAUCGAAGCAGGUCAAAGGAAUACGUACCACGUGGAAGUACCAAUUUUAAAGAAAUAUCCUGUCCGAACGUACGAUCUUAAAUGGAAAAUCUGGAACGAAGAAGAGCAAGAAUGUUGUUUUAUGUUUCAAAUUAAGAUAACAAAAUGACGUUAACCACAUGUGCUUCACCGUCUUAUUGCGAAUAAUCUCGAUUAAAAUUUAUCGUUCGCCAACUUACUAACUUAAUAAAAUAAACGAACAAGUAUUAAUAA